AUGUCUUCGAAAACCAAAACCCUUCAAAUAUUUCUCCUUUCCACCCUCCUUUUCCUUAUCCAACUCAAUGUCUCUUCCGGCCAAACUGUGGUUAAAGGCGCUUAUUGGUAUUGGGACAGCGGAUUUCCAGCAUCCAGCAUAGAGUCCAGCCUUUUCACUCAUCUUUUCUGUGCAUUUGCUGAUCUUGAUCCCAAUACUUACCAAGUCACCGUUACUUCCUCAAACUCAGCCCAAUUCUCGAGCUUCACACAAACAGUCCAACAAAAAAACCCUUCUGUGAAAACCCUCUUGUCCAUUGGUGGAGGAGGCAAUGAUACUAUUGCAGACACCUUUGCUUCAAUGGCAAGCCAACCCAGCAGGCGAAAAUCAUUCAUUGACUCCUCCAUUAACUUAGCCAGGUCCUACAACUUCCAUGGUAUUGACCUUGAUUGGGAGUACCCGAACACCACCACUCACAUGACCAACUUUGGCACCCUUCUCACUGAGCUGCGAGCUGCUGUGGCCAAUGAGUCCCAGACAUCUGGCAACACCGAAUUGUUUUUAGCCGCUGCAGUAUUUCACUCUGCAGAUUACUAUACCAUAAAUUACCCCAUUGAGUCCAUAUCAAACAGUUUGGACUGGAUCAAUGUAAUGGCUUAUGACUUCUAUGGCUCUGCUUGGAACUCAAGCAGAGCCAGAACUGGACCACCGGCUGCAUUGUACAACGUCACCGCUAGCCAGGUUAAUGGGGAUGCUGGCAUCACAUCUUGGAUUGAGGCAGGUUUGGGUGCGGAUAAGAUAGUGCUGGGCCUUCCAUUUUAUGGGUAUGCUUGGCGUUUGCUGAAUGCUGAUGAGCAUGGCCUUUUUGCUCCGGCUGAUGGACCGGCUGAUGGACCGGCUAUUAGGACAGAUGGGAGCAUAAACUACAAGGAUAUACGGGACUUCAUAAGCCAGAAUGGGACACAGACAGUGUACAAUGCGACGGUUGUUACAAACUACUGCUACUCUGGGACAACAUGGAUUGGCUAUGACGACACACAGAGUAUCUCUGCCAAGGUUUCAUAUGCGAAGCAAAAGGGGCUUCUUGGUUACUUCUCAUGGCAAGUCAGUGGUGACGACAAUAACUGGGCUCUCUCUCAAACAGCUUCAACUACUUGGGGAUGA